AUGGGCCGCUUCUAUGCAAUCUGGGUCGCCGUGUUGGCGGCGACAGGCUCAUUCCUGUUCGGUUACGAUAGCGGGGUCAUGACGGACGUGAUUGAAUCGCCUAAUUUCUUGCAGUACUUCAAUACUACGCAGACGUCGGCAAUUAUAGGUGCAAUCAAUAGUACCUUUUCGGGUGGAGCCGUCAUCGGGGCCUUGCAAGGUGGCUUGACAAUGGAUCGCUUCGGCCGCAAAUUCACAAUCCAAAUGGGCGCAUUGAUAUGCCUUGUUGGUGCAACUCUUCAAGCAGCGGCUCAAAACUUGGCAAUGAUCCUAGUGGGUCGCAUCUUGGCAGGAUGGGCCGUUGGGCUCAUGUCCAUGUCCGUCCCUGUCUAUCAAGCCGAGUUUGCUCAUCCCAAGUCGCGUGGUCUGAUUGUGGGGUUGGCACAACAAAUGAUUGGAGUUGGGUUUAUUGUCAGCACAUGGAUAGGAUAUGGGUCCCUUCACGCAUCAGACUCCAGCCAGUUCCAGUGGCGCUUCCCGCUGGCGUUUCAAGUGGUCCCAGCAUUGAUUUUGGUUAUUGGAAUGAUCUUCCUGCCCGAGUCCCCUCGAUACCUGAUCGAGAAGGGAAGAUAUGCGGAAGGAAAGCGGGUGCUCCACAAGCUGCACUUUGACGGGACCAAUUCGGCCUGGAUUGAAGCGGAAUACAACGAGAUCUGCCGGACGAUCGAAGCCGAGCAAUCUGUAGCUGCGCAGGGCUGGCUGCCCAUGUUCACCGUUCCUCAAUGGCGGACUCGGAUGCUUCACGGACUCGCGGUGCAAGCUUUCACCCAGAUGACUGGUAUCAACGUGAUCGGCUACUACCAAACAAUCAUGUAUAAGGCGCUCGGAUUCACGGGAAAUCGCAACACACUCGUCGCCGGCCUGUACAACUGCGUAGGUCCAAUUUCAAACCUCAUUUUCAUCGUCUUCAUCCUCGACCGCGUCGGUCGCCGCAAGCCGCUACUUUUCGGUACGAUAGGGAUCUCACUCGCGCUGAUCUGCGAGGCAGCGUUAAACUCGCAGAACCCAGAUGGCCAACGCACAGGGUACAGCAUCGGCGGUGUCUUUCUCCUUUUCGCCGUUUCGGUGAUAUUUUCGCUCUCGUAUGGGCCCGUUGGUUGGGUGUACAUGGCGGAGGUCAUGCCUAUGCAGAUUCGCGGUAAGGGCAACGCCUUCGCGGUGGGGAUUGGGAACUGGGCAGUGAGUACGCUGUGGAAUCAGGUAUCGCCCAUUGCGCUGGGGAAACUUCAAUGGAAGUUCUAUUUUGUGUUUGUGGCCUGGAAUCUUUGCGUGUCACUCCCGGUCAUUUACUUCUACUUCCCGGAGACCAAACAGAAGACACUCGAAGAGAUCGACCAGCUGUUUGAGCGAGUGGUGGAGCGGAUUCCCGAGGAGGGCAAUGUGGUGCACUUGCGGUCGGGGAAGGAGGAAGCGGGGAUAACGGCGAUGAAUAUUGAGAACGCUGGAAGACUUCACGAGUAG